GGGAGGGAGCCUGUGAAGGUGAUGAGUGGAGUUGCUUUGCCUCUGCGGACUUUGCGGACAGAUGCCACAGCGACAAUCUCCCGUGACCCUGUACACCAGUACGAAAGAGCAAUUUCCCAACCACGCUAAUGCAAAGUCAGACCUCUUUCUCUUUCAGCUGCUGUAGUCCAGACGGGAGACAUCACUCUGCAAGGACUAUCUGUUGGACGGUGACCUGGCGACCCGCUUGGCGAUGGGAAGGCUGGACAACCUUGGCUUGGUGACUCUCGCCCUUAGGCACAACCUGACCAUAGUCGGGAAGCUCUGGAUUGCAGUAAUCGUGUUUCUGCGUCUACUAGUUGUACUUGGCAUUGGCUACCCCUUGUACCAGGACGAGCAGACUAAGUUUACCUGUGACUCCAUGCAGCCAGGCUGCUCCAACGUGUGCUACGAUGCCUUCUCUCCCAUAUCCCACUGCAGGUUUUGGUUUGUCCAGGCUGUGGUACUGUGUUUGCCUCUGGUGAUCUUCAUAACCUAUGUCACUCACCGGCUGCCCCCGCAGAAUGUUGGAUGCCCUUGCCAGCAUCCUCAAAACCCGGCAGAGCCUCCGCCCUUCAGAAAAGUGCCAUCGGCAAGAGCGCCUUCAAUGCUCAAGGUUGGCGAGACAAACCCCGACUUAGAGGAGUUCUGUGGUGAAAUCCUGGUGAUAAACGAAGACCUCGGCACAGGGCGAAGAGUUCACAACUUUUGUGAGGCGUAUGUGCUUCAGUUACUUCUGAGAGCUUUACUGGAGGCUGGAUUUGGGGCCGGACAAUAUUAUUUGUUUGGGUUUAUGGUCCCCAAGAAGUUUGUUUGUUCCAGGUACCCGUGCGCCAAUAUCGUGACAUGUUACCCAUCCAGACCCACUGAAAAGACUCUCCUGGCCAACUUUAUGUUUGGGGUUACUGCCCUCUCAUUUUUGCUGAACUUUGCAGAUCUGAUUCAUGUCAUUAAGCAGGCAGUGAAACAGGGCAAGAGGAGGAAGAUGCUGAUGAGGAACUUUUACCAAGAGGAGCCUUACCCUGACAUGCCAAGUGACCCCCAUGUGCUGCCCGAACACAAAGCGCUGCAAGAUUACGGUUUGCAGGCUCGGCAAAGGCGCGAGAGUGGCGGGAGCGCUGGCGGUGGGUCGGUCUCCAAACCAGGGCAGGAGAGAGCAGCCUUGAAGCAACCGGGGGAGGGGGUGUUGGACCACAUGGCCCUCUCCAACACCAACAGCAACAAUGCGCACCUCAACGUGCUUGCAUCCAACCAGGCCCUUGCGGGCAGAAUGGCCGGCGAGUGCGGCGGGAAGUGUGCGGGUGACCAGGGACUUGCUGCUCGUUCUUCAGCCGAGAGGUGCGGAGAGGAGGUGCCGGAUCAGCAGGGCUCCAGGUUACGCCAGCACGCAUUGCAGUCCAAGUCCAGCGGGUCUCCGGCGAGCAGCGACAGUCGCCAGAUGAUAGAGGAGUACAGGCUCGUCCAUAUGCGGAUUACAGACAACGUGGAGAGCAGGAAAAAGAAAUCUGAGUGGGUUUAAAGGGCAGAGGUCAACAUGAACAACUAACUUUUGCUGAAAAUGCUUCUUUUAAACAGCGGUGUGCGGUGACAAUAGUUAGGGAUUUGGUUGCUGUAAAUGGGAUGGAAGGGCACUGUCCCAGUAGAACAACAGAUGGUGCUGUAUGUGUAGUAAUGGCAAGUUAAACAGGGCCAUAGCAGGCUGUCAGCGUGCAAGUGUCCAGUGAAUGACCCGAUGGUUAUCUGCUUGAGUUUGUUCUCAUGCAAUGGAACUGAAGGGAUUGCCUUAAAGUGCUUUUGAACACCAGAUGUCUUGUAAGUAAAUCUGGUUGUCUCAAAUGUUAGCAUCAAAUUCCAGUGGAAAAUAACACUGUGUGCUUUAAUAGUGCAACUUUGACAGCCCCAGGACAUCCUGUUGUGCUUCAUAGUGAUUAAUGCAGCCGCUGAAUUGUAAUUACUGUUCUAAUGUAGGAAAUGCAGUAAACUCCCACAAGCGAAAAUUGAAUCAUAAGUUCAUAUGUUAUACAGUAGGAGCAGAAUUAGGCCAUUUGAUUCAUCGUCUACU